AUGACUAAACUCAGAAGCCUUAUGCUCUUCCUUAUCUCAUGUCUUUGCAUAGAAUAUCCUUACUCUUCUUGUCAAGAAUAUUUACUUACUCUAAAGCAAGGCCAACAGAUCAGGGUUGGGGAGCAUCUACUUUCUGCAGCAGGUCUCUUCAAAUUAGGGUUCUUCAAGCCUGGCUCUUCAAGUUACUAUUACUUAGGAAUAUGGUACAGCAAACUACCACAUCAUCCAGAAUCAGUCUGGGUGGCAAACCCGGAUGAUCCGAUCACUGAUUCAUCUGGGGUUCUUACCUUGGACGACCAAGGAUUGUUGAAGAUCACACGAAAUGGAGGGCAGACAAUUGUGAUAAAUCCCAAACAGGCAGUCUCAAGUAAUGUGACUGCCACCCUCUUGGAUUCUGGGAACUUAGUGAUAGAAGAGGUAGAUUCUAAUGGCAUUGCAGGGCGAGUAUUGUGGGAAAGCUUUAAUUAUCCAACCAAUACACUACUUCCUGGAAUGAAACUAGGCAUGAACCCAAUAAGUGGAUAUAGUUGGGCACUAAAUUCAUGGUUAAGUGACCAAAUUCCAGCACCAGGAGCUUUCAGGCUCGGUGUGGACCCUGGUAGUGCCAAUCAAUUGAUCAUCUGGAAGCGAGAGGAUAUAUACUGGACUAGUGGAGUCUGGAAUAAUGGGCGCUUUCAGAAUAUGGCCCCUGAUUCAAGAACAUAUGAAUUUAGCUUUGUGUCAAAUGAGGAUGAAAAGUACUUCUCGUAUUCUGUUAAGGACAAUUCUACUAUUUCAAGGUGGGAGCUGAAUUACUGGGGGCAGAUCUUGCAGUUCACUUUAGCUUCGGAUGGUACUACAUGGCAAAACACAACUACCAAUCCAUGCAAAUUCAAUGUGAACCAUCCAAAUGCGGUUUGCAUACAACAGAAUCCCACAGAAUGCAGGAACAGUUCUGAGUUGUUUGUGCCAGCAAUAGGUUAUUAUAAAGAACAGCAAUUAGUUUAUUCUAACUCUAAUUCCAGCUUGGCUCUCAGUGAUUGUUACACUAGCUGCUGGAAUAAUUGCUCCUGCAUUGCCUAUGGAACUCAUUUUGACAAUGGGACUGGAUGUGAAUUUUGGAGUAAGGGAGCAAGUUUCAUCCGGAAUCCGAACUUCAAUGCUGUUUACAUCUUAUCGCAAGGAAAUAGUACAGAGGGUACACCUACAGGAGGAAAAGAGGAAGAUUCAGGGAGAAGUAUAAAGCAUUUGUGGUGGAUCGUUGUUAUUGCACCUGCUCUAGCAAUGCUAUUUGUGGGUUACUUUUGCUACAAAAGAAGGAUAAAGCAAAGCAAUGUAGAAGGAGAAACAAGCCAAGACAAGGCAUUAAUCGAGUUAAGAUCCCUGCCGCCCUUUAGACUCAAGGAUAAGAUCAAAAGAGGCACAGACAAGGGCCACAACUUUCAGUUAUAUAGUUUUUCUGAAAUUUCGGCUUUAACAGAGAGCUUCUCAUUGUCCAACAAGCUAGGAGAGGGUGGUUUUGGACCGGUUUACAAGGGUGUGUUACUAGAUGGACAACAUGUUGCGGUGAAAAGACUGGGAAGAAAUUCAGGACAAGGGCUUGAGGAAUUCAUGAAUGAGAUUACACUAAUAGCUCAACUUCAACAUGUGAAUCUCGUUACGCUCUUGGGUUGUUGCAUUCACGAAGACGAGAAGAUAUUGAUCUACGAAUACAUGCCUAAUAAAAGCUUGGACUCCUUUAUUUUCGAUCCCACCAAAAAGAAACUUUUGGAUUGGAGAAUGCGUACUGGCAUUAUUGAAGGGGUUGGACAAGGACUUCUUUAUCUUCAUAAGUAUUCCAGAUUGAAAAUAAUACACAGAGACUUAAAAGCAAGUAACAUCUUACUUGGCAAUGAUAUGAACCCUAAAAUAUCAGAUUUUGGCAUGGCUAGAAUUUUUGGGGAGAAUGAAUCCAGAGCAAAUACAAAGAGGGUUGUUGGGACAUAUGGCUAUAUGUCCCCCGAGUAUGCCAUGAAUGGAAUUUUCUCUGUCAAGUCUGACGUUUACAGUUUUGGGGUCCUAUUGCUGGAGAUUGUGAGUGGUAGGAAGAACACAGUCUUCUCCUCAUCAGGCGUUCUCGCCCUUAUAGAACAAGCAUGGGAUUUGUGGAAGCAAGGUGAUAUUCUUGAGUUUAUAGACCCAUAUCUGGACUCCUCAUGUCCCAGAGCUGAAGUUUUCAGAUACAUCCAUGUUGGUCUCCUAUGUGUGCAGGAAAGUGCAGCAGAUAGACCAACUAUGUCAGAUAUCAUCCCCAUGUUCACUAAUGAGGGGAUGUUCCUACCUGAACCAAAACAACCCGCAUAUUCUAUUGGCAGAAGUGAAGCAGGUUCAACAUCAUCUGAUGGAAAGUUGGUCUUUAAUUCGGUAAAUUGUGUAUCCAUAUCUGUAAUGGAAGCAAGAUAGAGAUACUGUUAGUUUUCUUGCAUCCUCCUGAAAAAUUCGGGAACCUUAAAACUCUUUAGGCAGAAAUUGCGUUACAUGCAACCUAGUGAUUUUUUCUAUUCUCAUUCUACACCCAAAUGAUAGUAAUAAAAGCAAUAAUUACCUUUUCAAUGGUUAAGAGCCAGGCCCUUCAUUUUCUAAAUCCCAGGCUUUUCAUCAGACUGAAUUUGUUUCACUAGAUAACACUUUCCCUUUUUAGAAAAAGAAUGAGGUAUGAAAAUGUCCAUCUCUUGGUAAUGAUCUAUAGGUAAUUUAAACAACAAGUUAUCUGCUACAUGGACUAAACAACUUUGAGAGAGAUAGAACAUUGCAAGCUCCCUCACACGUAUAGCAAUUACUUGAAAGAUUUACCAGAACAGAAAUUGAAACCUGCCCUUCAAAAUUUGCCUGCAAAAAGUCCCCAGUACGAGCUUUGCAUAAUCCUUUCAUCCACCCUUUCAUCCACUGGACACCAUUUACAUUCAAAUAGGUAAUUGAGCACAUGCAAUCCAAAGGCAUUACAUCUUUUAGUUAUCUUAUGAAAAACGAUCCUAGCUUUCGAAGUUGUUGAGGGAAGCCAAAAUGAUGGUACCAAACGAGUAAAGAUACAAGCAGAGUCCAAAACGAAAACAGUCAACCCAACUCCCAUAUCAGAAGCAAUCAUUCAUUGAAUCCAAUCUCUUAUGUCACUUUAAAGUUUUACCAAAACAGGAAUCAAAACUACUUCACAACAACACUUGUGUGUGACUAAACUUCGAUAACAUCACUGAAGCAGCAUUCUAACUAGAUGACUAUUACCUUAUUAUCCAUCAUGUAUUUGCACUACAUAAAGCAUAAGGUAACAUGAACUA